UCUGUGAGACAGUGAGUUCACUUGGCUGGCAGAUAUGAAGAGGAACAAGCAGAUCGACAUUAAGGGUGCUCUAGCCCUCGCCAGCACCGCUUCCUGUAUUCUUGUGCCAGAGCCUGCAUCCUCCCCUUCCUCACCCUGUACCUCAGAUACCUGGGCCUCACUCCCUCCAUGAUGGGCCUUCUCAUGAGCACCAAGCAUCUCAUCUCCCUGGUCUGGAGCCCUCUGGCCAGCUUUCUGUCCAAACACUACAACAAGAGGAGGGCAGUGAUUACAGGGUCUCUGGUCUGUUCAGCAGGGGCAGCCCUCAUCCUCCUGCUUAUCCCAUCCACAGGCGUCGAGACGCUGACCAGUCACUGCAACAUCUCUCACCUCAGUGUGAGCUCCACUGAAGAGCUGAGUGACUAUGUGCGUGUUGUUGGCAGUGUAAUGUCUACCACCCACACUACCAUUGUGUCCCAGUCAGCAACACAUGAAUCUUCACCUACAGAGACAACCAUUGACACUGUCUUCCGCUGUUUCAAUGAGCAAAGCCACAACCUACACAUUUCAGCUGCAACAUUCCAACAAUGUGACUUCUCAGUGGUCACAAGUGAAUGUAUCUGUGGCCAACCACAGUAAAGGAGGGAAGAGAAAUGUCUUAGAGUCCCACCACGGUGCCUCCAAGACUUCACCCACAGUGAGGAGGGUUAGCAGGUUAGCAGAAAAGGAGAAGCAGAGGGAGAAGGAUGAGGCCCGCUUAGAGUUCCUGGGCAGCCUCAAAGUUAUGGACGUCCAGCACCAGCUCUUCUUCAUGCUCCUCAUCGUGGUGUCGAUAUGGGAGCUGAUGGCCGCCCCUCUGGAAUGGACAGUGGACGAUGGGCUCUAUGAGUAUUUGGAUUUUGUGGAUGCGUCUGAUCGCUAUAGUAGUACAGGGGUGUGGGGGUUGCUUGGGGCUGUGUGUGGGGUGAGUGGUGCAGGACUGCUGGUGAGCCACCUGGACUGCCUCAUUGGCUCACACACACCCAGGGAAGCUGUCCACUUCUACUCCUAUGCAGCUGUGACAACCCUGGCCGUGCCUGUGGUGGCCUUCCUGCCCCUCUACCUAAACAAGAAGCGUAGUCGCUCCCCUGGGCUCUUCAAAGCUUUACAGCUGGUGCGAGGGGACCUCUGUGCCCUGCUGUGUGCUGCCACUGCCUUCCUAAUGGGGCUGGCGGGGUCUGAGGUGGAUGACUUACUGCUGUGGCAGAUGCAGGAACAUGGGAGCAGCGAGCUGCACAUGGGCCUCUCUUUAGCCGUAGCGUUGCUCUCCCGGGCCGCCUUCCCUCUGCUGAGUGGCCGGGUGUCGAAGCUCCUGAGCCCAGGCAGGGUGCUGCUGGUUGGGACGGUCUGCCUGGCCCUGCAGUGCCUUUACUACUCCUUACUGUGGGGCCCAUGGGCUGCAAUACCUGUCCAGGUGCUGAGCUGCUUCAGCAGUGGCGCCCUCUGGUGGGCAGUGCAAGUGCAGUGCGAGGACGUGACCACGCCGGGCACAGAGAGGAGCGUGAGGAGGGUCUACCAGGCCCUCUCUCUGGACCUGGGGGCAGGGCUGGGCAGCAUGGCCAGGGGGUUUGUUGUCCACAGGUUUGGGGUAUCUGUGCUAUUCAGAGGGGUAGCGGUGAUGCUGCUCCUGUGGUGCCUGUUUCUACCCCUGCUCCAGUGGAAAGCCCCACCCCAACGCAGGAUCAACUACUCCCGCCUCCUCGCUUCUGACACCAGUGAAGUGAGCGAAUCCGAGUCGGAGCAGGAGACAGACUGGCUGGAGAAAGCCAUGGAGGAUGACGAGCAAUAAUAACAUGGGUUGGAGUAUAAAUCAUUAGACCUAAGGAACAAUAUGCAACAUAAUGGAAGGAUGACAGUAUCAAUUCUGCUCCUGGAGGAUUCCACCACCACUUACAGACAUGUCACUCUUAAUUUAGUCUGCCUUCUUGCUGCUCCACAAACUGCUAAGUGAAUCUGUCGCAGGCUGGUUUAAUUGAAAACCCAGUAUUGCUUUUUAAUUCUCUUUACUGCAGAUUUAUUCAUUUAGUGCUAAUGCUCUAGCACUCCCCACCUGCCCAGAAGGCGUUUAGCCUUCUUCAGUUAAACUAAACACAUGGACUGCAAGCCUCACUAUUGCACUGGUGGUAGAUCCACUGUGAAUGCAGAGUGAUGAUGAACUGUAAUUUGCAUAAGUUAUCAAGAAACUCUGGAUAGCAAAUAACGGAGAAGAAUUAGGUGUGGGCAGGUGACUCUGCGAGUGCUUAUGAGUGUUACUAUGGUCCACGUUAGGCAGCUUUACUGUCUGUAAUAUAAGGCCUCUUGAGUGCAGGUGUGGUCUUUGGGCGAGACAAAACCCUGGACUAACAGACUCCUCCUGUAUGUGUGGUUUAGCCUGCUCUCACAUGACAAUGAUACUUACUGUCUUGAGUCCACUGUGAAAAUGUUAUGUUUUGUUCACCUGUAGUAGAACUCACCCCUUGGGUCAGUUUCCUAACUAAACAUGAAGUGCCUCUUGUGUGGGGGAAGUAUUAGAAGCUAUCUGUGGUUGGUUGCUGAACUUGUAGGUUAGAUGGUGUUUGCUAAACCUGUAUUUCAAAGGAUGUUUGCCAAACUUGCCACAGGUGACAUGGCCCAUUUUGACCUGACUGUUAUUUCAGCAUAUCCGCCAGAGACACUAAUAUAGUUUAGCACCUCUCCCUGAAACCUUUGUCUAAUUUACAGUGCUUGGAGUGGAUAUAACAGUACAUUACAUACAGUGGUUGGAGUGGAUAUAACAGUACAUUACAUACAGUGGUUGGAGUGGAUAUAACAGUACAUUACAUACAGUGGUUGGAGUGGAUAUAACAGUACAUUACAUACAGUGGUUGGAGUGGAUAUAACAGUACAUUACAUACAGUGGUUGGAGUGGAUAUAACAGUACAUUACAUACAGUGGUUGGAGUGGAUAUAACAGUACAUUACAUACAGUGGUUGGAGUGGAUAUAACAGUACAUUACAUACAGUGGUUGGAGUGGAUAUAACAGUACAUUACAUACAGUGGUUGGAGUGGAUAUAACAGUACAUUACAUACAGUGGUUGGAGUGGAUAUAACAGUACAUUACAUACAGUGGUUGGAGUGGAUAUAACAGUACAUUACAUACAGUGGUUGGAGUGGAUAUAACAGUACAUUACAUACAGUGGUUGGAGUGGAUAUAACAGUACAUUACAUACAGUGGUUGGAGUGGAUAUAACAGUACAUUACAUACAGUGGUUGGAGUGGAUAUAACAGUACAUUACAUACAGUGGUUGGAGUGGAUAUAACAGUACAUUACAUACAGUGGUUGGAGUGGAUAUAACAGUACAUUACAUACAGUGGUUGGAGUGGAUAUAACAGUACAUUACAUACAGUGGUUGAUAUACAUGUCCAA